GCUAGUCAUUAUUUUAAGAUUUAGGAGAUUGCAGAUUCUUGGCAGACCUUGGUUGUUUUUCUAGAGCAGUAGGCAAGUAGUUGGACAAAAAGCAAGGAGCCGAUCCAUGUUGCUGGCUUUGGGUUCUUCGUGAACAAAUGAGACAAGCAGCAAGAAACUAAUACAACCUAUUGCGAGCGAUCAGAUCACGCCUGCUAGCUUGAGAGAGGAAUGACUUGACAAACUGAUGGCUCCGCGUGAAUCUUCAUACAGUUUCCCCGACCGCCGUCCCCCCUGUUCGGUAUAUGUGUCGCCAAAGGGAGCAGUCGUGUCCCUCCUUGUGGAGACAAGGGAACCGAGACCGAGAGAGAGAGGCCAGUGUCCAAGGCCCCACAGGAAGUGAAGGGAAGAGCUGGGGGAAGGACACAAGCUUACAGAGCUAAAGUGACUGACCAAAUCCCAAGGAACGUGACUCAGGAUCCCAGCGGUGAGGUGAGAAAGAGCGAGGGGCUGCGAAGUUCUCCGAUCUCCUGAGGGCAUCGGUGAGGCAGGUAACUGGGCUGGGCGUUGGGAAGACCGUGGAGAAGAAGCCAGACUCACGGUUCUCCAGGCUCGAGCGAGAAAGUAGACGCAGGAGGGAGACAUGCCGGCCCUGUCCAAUCUGACGCAGACGCUGGAAGAUGUCUUCAGAAGGAUUUUUGUUACUUAUAUGGACAACUGGCGCAGGAACACGACAGCUGAGCAAGAGGCCCUGCAAGCCAAGCUUGAUGCUGAGAACUUCUACUAUGUCAUCUUGUACCUCAUGGUGAUGAUCGGCAUGUUCUCCUUCAUCAUUGUCGCCAUCCUGGUGAGCACGGUGAAAUCCAAGCGACGAGAGCACUCCAACGACCCCUACCACCAGUACAUCGUGGAAGAUUGGCAAGAGAAGUACAAGAGUCAAAUUUUAAAUCUAGAAGAAUCAAAGAGCACCAUCCACGAGAACCUCGGGGCAGCGGGGUUCAACAUGGCUCCUUGAUGAGGAGGAAAGGCGUCAAGCCAACAGCGGAUACCUGGAUGUGAAGAGACACCUGUGCCGUGGAGCAAAUCCAAGUUGCCACUGCUGAGACGACACUAAGCUCCUUGCUCUCUGUUGAGAAUUUUCACGGAGAUGCUGUGGCAACUCAACUAAGACGACAAUGGUAAUCUCAGUGUGAUUUAGACUUGCUCAUCAGAGCCGUGUUUUAUGCUGAAGAUCCCUUUUACUUUCCGUGCACCAUAAAUGUCACUUUAGUCAAUGUCAAAUUUGACACAUUUUGUCGAGUGAGUGGAAAUAAAGUCAAAUUUGAAGGACA